AUGUCUGAAAAUAUGAGUGAAGAUGGAAAACGAAAUAUCAAUGGUCAAUCUGAGAAAAAUUUCGAUGACAGAUAUCGAAAUUACGAAAAAAUGUGCCAAGAAAGACGCGAGUUGGAGGUAUAUGUUUUGAAAAUCUCAAAAAUUGUAUAUUUUUUCUUUCAUUAUUUUUUUGCAGAAAAAACAAUCGAUUUUGAUGAAAAAGACUCGAUUGAUGGUUGAAGAAUUGGAAAAUAAACAAUUGAAACAAAAACGAUUGUUGGAAAAAGUCAAGGCUUCUGAAAAGUUGAAGAAAGCUCAAAAAUCUUGA